AUGGGCGCGCCGAGGCACGUCGUCUGCGUCCUGGGGGGGACCGCGCUCCAGGACGACUGCUCCGAGGCGCUGGUGCAGGCCCUGGCGCGAGACCUGGCCGCGGGCCUCGGCCCCGAGGUGGCCUUCGUGACCGGCGGGCUGCCCGGCGUGCAGCGUGUCUUCGCGGACCAUUGCGGCGACGGUUCGCGCCUCUGGAAUCUGUUGCCGCGCGCGGAGUCCAGCGGCUACGCCGUCGGCCGCGACGUGCACGCGGGCGCGGACCUGGCGGAGCGCAAGGAGGUCUUCGGCCAGCUGGGAGACGUCUACGUCACCGUGGAGGGCGGGCCUGGGGUGGCGCAGGAGUGCCGAGCCGCCGCGGCUCGCGGCGCAGCCAUCGUCCCACUGAUGCGCAGCGGCGGCGCGAGCGCCGGGAUGUUCGAGUUCCCCCCAGAGGCGCUGCAGAGGCCCGCGUUUGCGACCCAGGUGCACGAUGGGGACGGGCGUCCGAGCGAUGGCAAGAUCCGCGGCAAGAUCCGCGGCACGUUCUUCUUCUCGGCGAGGUGCGCCCGAGGGGGCACGGGCGCCCCGAGCGCCGGGCGAGAGGCCCGCGGCCCCGCGGAGAGGCUGCCGGCGAGCCCGAGCGGGCUGCGGGCGAGCCCCGGCCCGCUGCCGCGCGCGGCGGCCGGGAGCUCCGCGUGCAGCCCGCUCGUCAGCCCCCGCCGCGGGCUCGACAGCCCGCUCGCCAGUCCGCGCGGCCGGCGGCAGGUCGGCGACCUGCAGAGGGCCCUCGUCGACGACUUCGCCGUGGAAGUGUGGCGAGAGCUGCACGCCAUGCACGGGCACCAGCUGGACGUGCCGGCGGUGUCUCGCGAGCGGACUCCCGGGGCAGGCCACCCCAUCUGCUUCGGCACCGAGCAGGACCUGGCGGCCGCCUGCACGAAGCUGCACGCCGCCGCCGGGCCCGCCCGUGCGGGGAAGGCCGGCGAGCAUCGCGGGGGCCCGCCGGCCGCGGGCACCGCGCCGGGGCGCAGGAGGGCCGACGUGGUGCAGCGGCUCUACAGCAACGAGGUGUCCAGGCAGCGGCGGAGAGACGUCAAGGAGAGGUGGGAGAAGGAGGAGAUGCAGGAGUGCACCUUCACCCCCAAGAUCACCCGCCUUGUGAUGGCCGGGGUCGCCGAGCAGGUCGGGAGCAAGGCUGACGUGUCCGAGCGGCUGUACGCGCACGGCAGGGAGCGCGAGGAGGCGCUGAGGGAGGCGCGCGAGCAGCACCUCGCGAGGGAGGCGCGCCUGCUGCAGGAGAAGAGCGUCGUCAGCGGGCCGAAGAGCGUGCCCGCGUGGAGCGUGUUCGAGCGGAGCCGCAAGUGGAGGAGCCAGGUGGACAGGAGGAUCGCUGAGCGGAAGGAGGGGGCGGCGCAGCAGGAGGAGAAGGAGCUGCAGGAGUCGUCGGUCCACAAGAGGCUGAAUGAGCGGCUGACCGGGUCGGCGGCGGCGGCCAAGAGGGAGGAGGCCGUGGACAGGCUCUACAGGAUAGACCUCAAGAAGAGGAAGGCGCGCGCCGAUGAGAGGAUCAGGAGCCGCCAGAUGGACAUCGAGAAGGAGUUUCAAGAGCAGGAGAUGAGGUCCGUCCACGCCAGGGCAGCGGCGAGGGGGCGCGCGGGGCGCCGCGCGGCGCCGCUGGCCGGCCGCGGGCCCGGAGGGGAGGACGAGGAGGUGGACGAGGCACGCCGUGAGCUCGUCCUGGCGCUCUUCGACGCCCUCGGGCGCGGGCGCGAGCGCCUGGGGCCGCCGGAGCUGCGGCGCCUCUCGGGCCUGUGCGGGUUCUGCGGCGGCGACGCCGCCUGGGGCGCGCAGUACGAGCAGCUGGCCGACAUCUACGGCUUCGAGGCCCGCCAGGGCCUCAGCGCCGACACUUCGGGGCCCUCGUCGGAGACGCGGAUGGGAGGCUGCACUGCACCGAGGACGACUUGCACUUCCUGCUGA